AGUAAAACAAAGGAAAAAGUAGACGACUCUUCUCGCUCGCGCUCUCUCUCUCAAUAAUCUCUGCUGUCUAGGGUUUUCGAUUACCUCUUUUUCCAUAUCCCUCCUCGAUCUACGCAAAUUCCUUACAAGUAGAUCGUUUCCUUCAUCGUUUAUCGUAUCUUUCAUGGAGGCUCCAGGUGUGGAAGAGAGCAACAAGUCCGAGUGCCAUUUGACUUCUGCUGCGGCUUUUGUGGAGGGUGGAAUUCAAGAGGCCUGUGAUGAUGCUUGCAGCAUAUGCUUGGAAGCCUUCUGUGACAGUGAUCCCUCGACGGUGACUAGUUGCAAGCAUGAAUUUCAUCUUCAGUGCAUUCUUGAAUGGUGUCAGAGAAGCUCCCAGUGCCCCAUGUGUUGGCAGCCUAUCAGUCUGAAGGAUCCAACCAGCCAGGAAUUGCUUGAGGCAGUGGAACGGGAGAGAACAUUUCGGUUUAAUCCAUCUAGAAAUGCCACAAUAUUUCAUCAUCCAACUUUGGGGGAUUUCGAAUUACAACAUUUACCUGUGGGUGCGAAUGAUGCUGAACUUGAAGAGCGUAUAAUCCAGCACUUAGCUGCUGCAGCUGCAAUGGGCAGAGCACGCCACAUUGCUAGAAGGGAAGGCCAGAGAACUAGGUCAUCAGCUCAAGGUCGUCCACAAUUUCUGGUGUUCUCAGCUCAUCCUAGCACACCUCAGGCUGGUCCUGCUUCUUCCUCUCCAGCUCAGAGAGGGGAAGAUGAACCAGCUCCUGCAAUUACUGCUGCUAUGCCCUCUUCCCUUCCUACAGCUGUGGGGGAAGAAUCUUCUCAGCUUACUACAUCACAACUUUCUUCCCAAGCCGAGGAAAUUACUGCCUCAGCAUCUGGGUCAAUUAUUCAUACUACAAAUCAGCAUGGAACUUCCUCAAACAAUAGGAGGUCUCCCGGUCAAUCUCUUCCAAGUGGUCAAGAUAAAGCAGGACCAUCAGAAUUUCAAUCAUUUUCAGAAUCCCUAAAAUCUCGAUUUAAUGCAGUGUCAAUGAGGUACAAAGAGUCAAUUUCGAAGAGUACAAGGGGAUGGAAGGAGAGAUUGUUCUCUCGCAAUACUUCCAUGGCAGAUAUUGGUUCUGAUGUUAGAAGAGAGGUUAAUGCAGGAAUUGCAACUGUAUCACGCAUGAUGGAGCAUCUUGAAACUCGUGACAAUAGCAGAACCACCCCUUCUUCUGUAUCAGAUAGUUCAGAGGAUACCUCAUCUCCAUCACUGGGCGACCAGAGAAUGGCUGAAACUGGUGCUCAUAAUCCUUUGGGUGACACUAAUGUACAAGCUUCAUGUGCUGCAAGUUCUGGCACUAAUUAAGUAUAUUCCAGUAAUGACAUCAAUUCAAUGCAUUUCAUGAAGGUGGGAACUCCCUUUUCAGAUAUGAGAGAUGCUGUGGAUGUAAUGCUGUGUCUCCCUCUUCAGACCAAUAGAUAUUUUUAUAUCAUAUGGAAAGAGCGUUAGUAAAUGUGAUCUGAUUUGAGAAUAAAGAAUUAGAGAGACAAUGAGCUCUUUUCUUUGGGCAUGGAAACCAGUAUAUAUAUGAUGAUUGUAAAUUUGAUUAAAUAUUGAAACCUACUUAUGGAUAUAUUGCAAAGAAUCGUGCAUGCUUGCUGCACUGGUUUUAACAA